UCUGCGCAUGCGCCCGCUCAGCGGCCUGCUUCUAUUUAUGUGGGGGAUCCAACAUGGCGGCUGCGGCGACCCUGGCGAUGGCGGUGGAGCCCAUCAGAACAUAGUGGCGGGGCAGGGGGCACGGUCGGCACUCACGGUGGCGUCGGCGGAGACGGCUGAGGGUGGUGGAGGGAAGAAAAGCGACGGAGAGCAGAAGGAAGGGCGGGCAGGCAAACAACUCGGCGUAGAAGCGAGCGCCGGCUCGAGCGAAGGCAGAGGGCCAGAACAGUGGGGAUGGCGGAGCCGCGCCGAGUAGCGUUUAUUAGCCUGUCACCGGUGAGGCGGCGCGAGGCCGAGUACCCGGCGGCCGAACGCGAGCCCGAGUACCCUCGCGAGCCCCCCCGGCUGGAGCCGCAGCCGUACCGCGAGCCGGCCCGGGCGGAGCAGCCGGCCCCACGGGAGGCUGCCCCGCGGUCGGACGCGCAGCCCCCGCCGCGGGAGAAGCCGCUCCCCCAGCGCGAGGUCAGCCGCGCCGAGCCGCCCAUGUCGCUGCAGCGCGAGCCCCCGCGGCCCGAGCCGCCGCCGCCGCCGCUCCCGCUCCCGCAGCUGCACUUGCAGCCGCCCCCACCGCGGGAGUCGGCUUCCCGGGCCGAGCCGCAGCCGAGGCCGCCGAGGGAGACGGUGCGCCUGGAGCUGGUGCUCAAGGAUCCCACCGACGAGAGCUGCGUGGAGUUCAGUUACCCGGAGCUGCUGCUGUGCGGAGAACAACGGAAGAAGCCCAUUCAUGUAGAAGACCCAUUUAAUGAUGAGCAUCAAGAGAGGCAAGAAGUGGAAAUGUUGGCUAAGAAGUUUGAAAUGAAAUAUGGUGGGAAACCCCGUAAACACCGGAAGGAUCGGCUACAAGAUUUAAUUGAUAUAGGUUUUGGCUAUGAUGAGACAGAUCCAUUUAUUGAUAACUCAGAGGCUUAUGACGAAUUAGUUCCUGCUUCUCUAACAACAAAAUAUGGAGGCUUUUAUAUCAACACUGGCACUCUGCAGUUUCGCCAGGCUUCAGACACGGAAGAAGAAGAUAUUACAGACAACCAAAAGCACAAGCCACCCAAAAUUCCCAAAAUAAAAGAAGAUGAUAUUGAGAUGAAGAAGCGGAAGCGGAAAGAGGAAGGGGAAAAAGAGAAGAAACCAAGGAAAAAAGUACCCAAACAACUGGGAGUUGUGGCUCUAAAUUCACACAAGUCUGAAAAAAAAAAGAAACGUUAUAAGGAUUCUCUUUCUCUAGCUGCCAUGAUACGAAAAUUUCAGAAAGAGAAAGAUGCAUUAAAGAAGGAGUCUAACCCCAAAGUCCCGGUGAACUUAACAACGUCCUCUCUGAAUAAACCCCCAUCUGUGGCUGUAGCAUUGGGAAAUGAUGUCUCGGACUUAAAUCUGAACAAUGCUGAUCCAGACCUCCCCAUUUUUGUUAGCACAAAUGAACAUGAACUGUUUCAGGAAGCUGAAAAUGCCCUAGAGAUGCUAGAUGAUUUCGACUUUGACAGAUUACUGGAUGCUGCUUCUGAUGGUAGCCCCCUCUCUGAGUCAGGGGGAGAGAAUGGAACCACCACCCAGCCAACCUACACCUCUCAGGUUAUGCCCAAGGUGGUACCUACACUCCCAGAGGGUCUGCCCGUCCUUCUUGAAAAACGUAUUGAAGACCUCCGUGUAGCUGCCAAACUUUUUGAUGAAGAAGGAAGGAAAAAAUUCUUUACACAGGAUAUGAAUAAUAUUCUUCUGGACAUUGAGUUACAGCUGCAGGAACUAGGCCCCGUCAUUCGUAGUGGUGUCUACUCCCAUCUUGAAGCUUUUGUGCCAUGCAAUAAAGAAACACUGGUAAAACGUCUAAAGAAGUUACAUCUCAAUGUCCAGGAUGAUCGUUUAAGAGAACCUCUGCAAAAACUGAAACUGGCUGUUAGCAAUGUCAUGCCUGAACAGCUAUUCAAAUACCAGGAGGACUGCCAGGCUCGUAGUCAAGCUAAGUGUGCCAAGUUGCAGACAGAUGAAGAACGAGAAAAAAAUGGAUCCGAGGAAGAUGAUGAUGAGAAACCAGGCAAACGUGUCAUAGGACCAAGAAAGAAAUUCCACUGGGAUGACACUAUUAGAACUUUGUUAUGUAACCUUGUUGAGAUCAAAUUGGGAUGCUAUGAGUUAGAGCCAAAUAAAAGCCAGUCUGCUGAGGAUUAUCUUAAAUCCUUUAUGGAGACAGAGGUGAAACCAUUGUGGCCUAAGGGCUGGAUGCAGGCAAGAAUGCUUUUUAAAGAAAGCCGGAGUGUACAUAAUCAUCUUACUUCUGCUCCGGCAAAGAAAAAGGUGAUUCCUGCACCUAAACCCAAAGUGAAGGAGUGUAGCCCAAAAAAGGACCAGAAAACUCCUGCAUCCUUGGUGGCUUCAGUUGGUGGUCCUUCAACAAGUUCUAGCACAUCUGCCGUGGCAUCCACCAGUUCUGGCUCUACACCAGCCCAGGAGACGAUCUGCCUCGAUGACUCACUAGAUGAAGACCUUUCUUUCCAUCCACCUGCACUGGACCUUGUCUCGGAAGCUUUAGCCGUUAUCAACAAUGGGAACAAGGGGCCUCCAGCUGGCUCACGGUUAAGCAUGCCAACUGCAAAACCUCGUCCAGGACUGAGAGAAGAGAAAUUAGCAAGUAUCAUGAGUAAGCUGCCACUGGCUACUCCCAAAAAACUAGAUUCUACUCAGACUGCGCAUUCAUCAAGUCUUAUUGCUGGUCACACAGGGCCAGUACCAAAGAAACCCCAGGAUUUAACUCAUACUGGCAUCUCUUCAGGCCUUAUUGCUGGUUCUUCAAUUCAGAACCCUAAAGUUUCCUUAGAACCUUUACCAGCCAGGCUACUUCAGCAAGGACUGCAGAGGUCAAGCCAGAUUCACGCUUCUUCCUCUUCACAGACCCAUGUUUCCUCUUCUUCCCAAGCCCAAGUUGCUGCCUCCUCUCAUGCUCUGGGAACGUCAGAGGCCCAAGAUGCUUCUUCAUUAACACAAGUAACAAAGGUGCACCAGCAUUCAGCUGUCCAACAAAACUAUGUGUCUCCAUUACAAGCAACCAUUAGUAAAUCACAGACCAACCCAGUGGUGAAAUUAAGUAAUAAUCCACAACUUUCCUGUUCAUCCCCACUUAUUAAGACUUCAGAUAAGCCACUUAUGUACCGCCUUCCCUUAUCUACUCCCUCAUCUGGAAAUGGUUCUCAAGGGUCCCACCCCCUGGUUUCAAGGACAGUACCUAGCACCACUACCUCCAGUAACUAUUUAGCCAAGGCUAUGGUGUCACAAAUCUCCACGCAGGGUUUCAAAUCUCCCUUCUCAAUGGCUGCAUCCCCAAAACUUGCCGCAUCUCCAAAACCUGCCACAUCUCCUAAACCCUUGCCCUCACCUAAGCCUUCUGCCUCACCCAAGCCCUCUCUCUCAGCUAAGCCUUCAGUAUCAACUAAACUUAUUUCUAAAUCCAACCCAACUCCCAAGCCUACUGUAUCCCCAAGUUCUUCCAGUCCAAAUGCACUAGUAGCCCAGAGUAGCCACUCCAGCAGUAACAACCCAGUCCAUAAACAGCCCAGUGGAAUAAACAUCAGCAGACAGUCUCCCACCUUGAAUUUAUUGCCCUCUAAUCGCACUUCAGGCCUUCCAUCUACAAAAAAUCUUCAGGCCCCUUCAAAGCUAACAAACUCAUCAUCCACUGGAACUGUUGGGAAGAAUAGCUUGAGUGGAAUUGCAAUGAAUGUACCUGCCAGCAGAGGUAGCAACCUUAACUCAAGCGGAGCUAAUAGGACUAGUCUAUCUGGGGGAACAGGAAGUGGAAUACAGGGUGCUACUAAACCGUUGUCUACUCCACAUAGACCAUCCUCUGCCUCAGGGUCUUCAGUGGUAACAGCCAGUGUGCAGUCUACAGCAGGAGCAUCAUUAUUGGCUAAUGCCUCACCUCUGACUCUCAUGACAUCACCUUUGUCUGUAACAAAUCAAAAUGUGACUCCUUUUGGGAUGCUGGGUGGCCUUGUUCCAGUGACCAUGCCCUUCCAGUUUCCCUUGGAGCUACUUGGCUUUGGAACGGACACAGCUGGAGUGACAACCACCUCGGGAUCUACCUCAGCCGCUUUCCACCAUAGCCUAACUCAGAAUUUACUAAAGGGUUUACAACCAGGAGCUCAGCAUGCAGCAACACUUUCCCACUCACGUCUGCCUGCACAUUUACAGCAAACAUUUAAUGAUGGAGGCCAAAGUAAAGGGGACACUAAAUUACCACGGAAAUCUCAGUGACUUCCCAGCAAGCAAAGGAGAUGACACACUCAGCUGGCUGAUGGAAUCUACCUGAUGGGAAAGUACUCAUGUGGUCAUAGGGCUGCUGUUCUGUCGAUGUUUACAUUCUCUCGUCCCAAGCACUGUGGUGAGGAGGAAAAAGAAAAGAAAACAUUACUUGAGUAAAGCCAGGUGCAGGAGGAAGAAAUGCUUUCAUGCAAAGUUAGUGACCUUUGGUCUCUUCUAAAGAAAGAGAGUUACCAUAUUAACUGACUUGAAAGAGAAUCAGUUGUCAAACCCACAGAAGUACAAAUUUUAUUUUUCCCGGGGGAGGAAGAAGGAAAUUGAGGAUUUGGGUGAACUCCAUCCAUCCUGGGGGUUGGAUCUGAACACUUGCAGACAUAAUUGCAUAAUAAAAGGCAAUUUAUCUGGAAUUAGGACAGUUUAUCAGGAGUAAUGAUCAUGUCUAUUUGAGUGGACUACGCAGCAAAUUUGCCACAAAGAAAAUUAGUGCCCCUAUGUCUGAUAGAGACAGUAGCUGAGUAAAUACCGUACCCUCAAAAAUCCUGAGCAAACUUGAAUCUUCUCCAGUGUGUAGCAACUCCCCAUAUAAAUCAGUGGACUACAGAUGCUUCAGGAAAGUUAUUUUAACACAGUGAUAUAUAUUAUUAAAUCAUUGAGAUUUUUAAAAGUCAAGAAAUUGAGCCUGUUGCUCCUAACAGACGAAACUUAGAUGUCCCCUUUUUGUAAAAGGGUCAAUUACAUCUUGCAUUCAGAAGCAGGUACUUAACUCUCUUCUUCAGGUGAUUUGUGCAUCUGGUAUUGACUGGUUAAUUCUUAUUUCCAUUCUUGUUGUUAAAAUGUGACUGUUCACAUUUUUCUCUUGAGAAAUGGGGAUCUUUAAUGUAGGGCUGUGGCUUUGGUGCUCUUAGCCCUUUCAGGCCUACCAGUAUGAACUGUAAAUUUCCCCCUCAAUUCACAACUUCUCUUUCUCUUCUUUUAGCUAGUGGUACUUCAGGCAAUUACUAACUAUUGAUUAAACAGGCAUAGUGUGUACUACAUAUGCUUCUUCAUUGGUCAUUCAAAUGGCAUAGAUAUAUUUUUGGAAUUUUUAAGAUGGUAUUUUAAAGGGAGGAAUUACAUUAGGAUCAUUAUGUAUACAAGGGAUUAUUUUUAUAACAAUCAGUGUAUUUUUGCUCCCUAUAACCAGUGUAGUGAAAUUGAUUUGGAGCAUUUGGGAUCUUAAAGCUUUACUAAUAUUUACUCAGAGUAUUGAUAUAUGAGUGAGCCUGCAGAUAAUAAGAUUCCUUAGUUGUUAUAGCUUCCUUAUGCAAAUAGCAUACUCAACAAAGGGUGUUAAGGGAGAAAUUUAUGGUUCUGUUUGGAUGCAUUUUAUUUGAUUUUUUGGCCUCAUCAUUGUCUCUCUCUCCCCCUCUCUUUUUUAUUCUUCCUAUUUAGGCUUCUGAAUGUUUUCAAACUGUACCCAAGAAUAGUGUAAGCUUGGUCCAUUUAUAAUGACAGACUAACCUAAAAAACGGCAUCAGAUUGGUAGUAGCAAGAUUUCUUGUGCAUAGUUUCAUUACGAAUCACCCUAUACCAUUGUUUAUGCAAAUAAGAGUAUUAACUGGGCCCUUUUUUCUUUUUAUAAGCAAAAUUCCCAAAUAGAUUAUGGGGCUGUGAAUAAAUUAUCACAGAUCUGUGCAGAUCUGUAAGCCUGUAUUUUGACUUCAAAGGCACAUUGGCUUCCUUCAUAGCAAAAAGUUAAUAAAUAACUGAAAACUUUAGUUCCAAGAACUUGUUAUGGUAAGAGGAAAGGAUUAUUUUAAAGAACUCAUUGAUAUAAUUACUUGCCUCUAAGAAUUUAGUUUACCAGUAAAACAAAUAAGAAUAUUGUAUCAACCCUGGUAGAUAUUUUAGAAGGAUAUUGGGAUGUUGCAGAAAGGUUUGACUUGAAUUGAGUAUGUUUGAUUAAAGUAAGUUUGUUUUUUUAAUUAGAGAAGCUUACUCAAUUCUUGAGUUAAUUGCAGUGUAGCAUACCUCUUGCUUUUAUCUAAUUUGGGGGGAAAAAGUCUUUGCUAAUACUUUAUAGGAGUUUUCCUUUGAGAAGCUAGCCUUUGUUUUACUUCCUAUGUCAGGAGAGAAAGUAGAGUGCAUAUUAAUCUCUCUUCCUUCUGAUAACUGUGCAUGUAUUCAUCUGUGUGUGUCUAUACACAUAUAUUUAUUUAUAUAUAAGGUCAUGACUAAUGUAAGUCGAGGAAUAACAAUUUUAAUUUCUUAAAUCUAUGAAUUCUGAAUCAUGCCAUGUGAAAAUCCCUGAUGACUCUCUGUUGUCAUUAGAGAAGAACAAGAUCAUCAGUUCUUGUCCCCAGUAUCAUUUUGUAACUAACCAGUAAAAAUAUCUGAAGGCCUUGGCGCUGAGAAGUCCACACGUGUGGAGACUGUGUUCUGUUCUCUUCAGCCUUGAUUCCUGGAGGACUGCUGCCAGAGCCCCGCCCCACCACCUCAUUGUCACUAACUUACAUCCAUUUCAGUCAAGACUGCCUUUUUAUGUUGUACAAAUAAAACAAAUAUCCUUAUGUUCCUUAUUAAAUAAGUCUGAUCAGAGAGUUCCUACAUGUAAAUACAAACCUAUUUCUUUUCUAGAUCAUAACAUUGAAAUUGGUGUCCAUACUUUAUGGUCACCUGUCUUUACAGUUUUUCUUACUAAAAAACAAACAUAUAAAGUUUUUAUUUUUUAGCACAGAGACUUGUGAUUCAUACUGUAUUUUUGCACUUAAAAGUCAAAUUAUGUUAUUUUUUAAAAUGCUGAGUAAUUGGAAAGGAUAUAGAGCGAUGUGUAUUUCUGCAGAGCAUUAGCAACAUCCCAAUGCAAAAGUAAUCAGCACACUCACGUCCCACUCAGCGGGAUUCUUGAUUCAGGAAAAUUAAGCUGUUUGAUUUCCACUGUUUUGUAUUUUAAAUUGCCUUCACUGAUGUAUAAGCUGUUACUGUGCAUACAAGUGACUCCUCAGUAUUCAUGAGCAAUAAUGGUCGGCAGAGUUGUCUUCGAGACGGCCGUGCUGAGCCUCGGCUGGAGACUGUUUGGGAGCAAAGUGUCAAGCUCGUUCAGAGCCUCCGAAAUAAAUACAAGCAAUAAUUCCAUUAUAAGUUGAUGAUAAUUCUUUCUCAUAUGCUUCUGAGAUAAGAAGAUAAAGAAAUCAUAAUUUUAAAACAGCCUGAAGAAAAAGGUUUUGGGAAAAGAAGUGAGGUUAAUCUGAAGUCACAAAAUCCUGAUAUUCUGAGGAAAUCAGAGGAUUGUGUUAGUACAUUCUUUCAUGCCUACCACCCCUUUGAUGGAUGUUGUUAGCCCAAAUUACAUUUCCUUAUAUCAUAGAAGCUGAAGAGGGUUUGUUAUAUUACCAAGGUGGGAGGAAGAACCGGGCACAUACGUGUUUGAAUACUGUGGGUUUGACACCUGUUUGAGAACAACUUAUUGGAAAAGAUUUUUAACCCAGGAUUUUUUUUUCCCAAAGCAGAUCUAAAUUGUUUACUACCCAGGGUUGGAAAGGGCAGACACCUCUAAUCCUUCUCCUCUGGUUGCCCUCUGCCACACCCCUUUCCACCUCUACUUGGUUCAAGACCUUUUCUGAAAUGGAAAUUCUGCUGUUGUUCAAACUGCCAUUGAUUAUGAGAACUCUGUGUCCCUUGGGAUCAUCUCUUAGAACUCCAGUUAUCUAUCAUAUUUGCUGCUACAUCUGUAAGAUGAACUUUGCCUGUAUUGGUCUACUUUAAUCUAACUUACAGUUCUUUAUUUCUGGGAGGUUUUGUCAUACAGUUUCACCCAUGUAUAGAAUUAGGAUACUUUAUUUUAGGGGUGUACUGUAGAAGCACACUGGUCCCUGUAUUCUUUUUAUCAUCAUUUAGGUUUUGAAUUUGUUUGCUUUUUUUGUUCAAUGGUAUUUGUUUUGUUUUAAAUUAGAAAUAAAAAAGUGAGAAAAAUCUAUAAUCAGGCCAAACUUGAGAACUUUCCCUGUGCUUCAGCACUGGUUUCUGCUGACCUUAUGUUCUCAAAAGGGGCACUGUUACUUUCUAUUGUGCGUGUAUGAUUGUUCUUUUGUUUUGUUUUUUGCUUUUGGGGGCUUUUGUUUUUGUAAUAAUGAAGCAGAAGGAAAAUGCGGUAGUAGGUAAAUGAUUACAAACGUUAUGCAAUUUUAUUUUAUAAAAUUUAAGGGAAAAAGUUUAACUCUCUGUAAAUCAUUUCUUAGCUCUGGUAAAAUGCUUAUAUUACUCCUCUAAAACAUGCUCAAUUCAGGCCUUUGUCUUUGUUAAGUGCCUUUUUUUGCUUUCUUUUUUCCCCUCUUUUGAAGCUGUUCUCAGAUAUCCUAAAGUACAGGCUAAUAAGUCAGGGGAUUCAGGAGGAAGAGUCUCAAAUUUGCCAAUGUCGUGUCGUGCUGUUUGUUUUAACAUUCUUCCUUUUCUUUCUAUGUAUAUGGAUAUAUGUGUAAGAUACAUACGUACAUAUAUAUGGAUAUAUAUAUGUAUACAUAUGUAAUAUAUAUAUAAAACUAGUCGCUGCUGUACCAUUGCAUCCUUUCCAAACACUCCCAUUUCAACGUCUGCAAAACUUCUGCCUUGUUUAUUCCAUUGCUUCUAGUCAAUUCAAGUGGGUGGAUUGGGAAAUCGUCUUUUCACAAGAUGCUAUCUCCCCCUUUGAAUAUCUGUUUGUAGAAGUUAACAAAAGUAUAUAUAUAAUUAGUCAGUUAUUACAAGCAAAAUAAAUUUAGUGGACUCAUUGACUGUUCCUAGAUGUAACCCACUGUGUUAUGCCCUUCACACUUGGUGAGUAAUGCUGAAGAAAGCGUUGGAAUAACCAGAGUCUUCUGUGGGUCAAGCUGAUACGGUGCACUCUGGCAGGCAAGACUCAAGACAUGGAAGAGCUAGAGUUAGAACCAUGUAUUGUAUCUGUCUGAGUUUUGAAGGAAGUCAGCAACUUUGUCAACAUUAAAAACGCAUCAUAUAUUCUUCUGGGAAAUGAUUUUUGAAGAAUUCAUAUAGCUACGUAUCUGUAAAAGGUUAGUAAACUUAGAAGCAGAAAGACUUCAGAUACUGAGGAAAACACUCAUAUAACCUAUAGCAUUCUUGAGAGAUCUUCAGUUUUCUUUUUAUUUGCCAGAUAAUUAACAUUUGGCUUAAUCUGAUUUGAUGGUUAUUUAGAUUUCUCCCUUGAGCAAAAUAACAUAAUUUUCAGGUCUAAGAUUCAUCUGUUUCUUGUUGAAAACAGAUGUGACAUGUUAAGGGAGACUAAGUUGAACCAAUCCUCAGAACCCAGUACAAAUAUAUCUAAUAAGUGCCCCCUUUUAAAUACAUUUUAAUUGGGAAGAGGAGACUGAUGGCCAUAAGGAGAAAGUAGAGGCUCCUGGUAGUGUUACCGGAGAGGAACUGCCAUCAGGUGGCCUCAGUUCAGUCAUAAGUGUUACUCUUGAAUUGCUGUUUGUAGGGGGAAUGUCAUUUAACCUUCGUGCCUCACAUUACCCAUUAGAAAAUUGGGUAUGAUAAUAUUCACCUACCUCCCAGGGAUAUCAGAGACUUUCAAAAAUAUUUUGUUUUUCUAAAAUGUCCUAUAUAAUUAAAAAAAGUAUUAUCAUCUUCCUGCAGAGGCUAAAAAAUGUUUCCCUAUGAUGGAUAUAAAAAGCACCAUAUGAUUUUUUAAGUUUAAAAAAAUCACUGGAAUUCUAAUUUAGAUGCAUAUUUGUUAUUUAAACAUAUUAUAUUUGUGGUGGGAUAAAAUGGUUAGUUUCAGGUUAAUAAGUGGGGGGGAAUAACACUAAGUUUCUUAAUUCUAAGUAGAUUUUUUUUAGACUUUCAUGGUGUUAUUACAUGUGUGAUUUUUGCCAGGAUUGUGGAGCUAAAGCUAGGUAAAGUGUGGGUGAUUGGUUAUUGGAGUUGAUAAAUGAUCCCAAAAGUUUUAUCUGCCUCACUUUUCCAUCUUCUCAAUUUAAUUUCCUUGUAUUACUUGUUCGGUGGUGGAUAGCUAAGCUUUUAACUUUCUGAGAAUGAGUGGGGUCGCCUCAUUCUUGUAAAUGAGAGAUUGUGUACUAUUCCUGUAACUUUCCGUUUAUCCAGCUUUGCACUGAAGGGAGCAAGCACUACACACAGUCAGAUGGGUACACUUUUUAGCCAGUCUACCUUUGUAAUUUAUGCUUCUUCAACCCAUGAAAGAGUUGGAGCCAUCAACUGCUCAGGUUGUAGGAAAAUGAGAGAGGGGAAGCAAGAUUCACUUUCUAGCUAGGGCAGGGGUAGAAGGAAACAUAUUUUGCCCAGCUCUGAGGAGGAAAUUAAGAUCAUUUUAUCCCACCUUCCAUCUCGACACAUUAAGUAGUAAUACAUAGAAGUUUCCUUACGUCAUUUAAAACAACAACAGGAAAAAGUGGAUACUGCAUUUUUAGUUAGGGCUAAAAGCUGAGCAACAAUUGCUGGGGGUGUGUGUAGAUUUAAACUGUAGCACCUUAUUCAGGGUCAGGAAAGAGAAUGUGGGGGGAUGAGGAACAAAUUAUCCAUCGUAAGUGAGUCAGGAGAAAACACCAGGCCCAAGCAGACAGAGCAUCUAGGUUAAUUCCCAGAAUUGGCCAAGGCCCAUUUAAUCUCUAGUGAUAGGAUGUUUUUUCCUUAAAAAUCACUUUUUGGCGUUUUGUUGCUUUUUCCAGAUAAGGCCUUAGUUAGUAGCCUCUAAAUAUCAACUAUGCAGAUAAACAAACUUUAUUUUCUACAUUUUCUCUCAUUUUCCAUUCUUCAAAUAACAGAUGUUAAGACUUCUACCCAAAGAAAUAAAGCAUAAGGGUUUUGUUGAAUGUGUGUUCCUCAAGGGAAAAUUAACAGAAGCGUAAAAUAGAUAUUUUGUGUGUUCAUCUAUCCUAAAAUGUGAACUUUAUAUUGAAAAACUUAAAUACAGAUCCUUUCUCUGGUACAGAACUGUAGUUGGAACCAUGGCAUGUCUUUGGGUUGUUAUGAUAAAAUCAUCCCAGAGUUCAAUUCUGAGAAAGUUUUAGAUUCUGUGGCACAGUAUUCAGGUUUGUAGAGCUGAACAGAUGGUCAGACUCUAAUUAAAAAUAGCUUUGAAUAUUAAUGUUGAUUCUUCUUUCUUCAUUUCCUUUAGUCUUCAUUCUUCUUUCCUCUAGUGUGAGCUCUUAAGUUAACUGUUCGUCAACCAGUUGCUACAGUGGAAUGUGAAGUGCAUGUUAAGGGUCCCCAGAGGCAAGGUCACCCUGCCUUUCACCUGUUCUCUCUCACUUGGACCCUCUAUCCUGUGUCCCCAUUGAAUUCAAGGACAGACUGCAGGCGUUUUCCAGGAGACUGUUUACAUCCCCGCAUAGACACGGACAGGGACUCGUAGGAUUUCAGUCAGACUGCCUUUGAAUAAGGUGAUAUUAAAUCACAUUUUUCUCAGAUACUCCUAAAGAACCGUUUGCUUGAAAGUAGCUAUUUGUGAUCUUUAUAUAAUUUCCUCAUACUGUAAUACUUCUACUGCUCAAUCUUUCCAAUAUAUUUCCAUUUUAUAGCAGGUUAGUACUUAAAUUUUGGACACAUUUCUGAACUGUUACCCAAACAGGUCAAGAAUACUUACAGAAAUCUCAGUAGUACAAUUAAGGGGCUCUAUAUAUCCAGGACUUAGAAUCAUCAUUAGUAACUGGAUUUUUUUUUUCUCUUCUCCUUUGUAUUAAAAAAAUAGAUUUCUCUGCUGUAUAAUGUGGUAGCAGCUGCAUUUCAUGGCUGCUUCUUGAUACUUCUCAAGGUUAUUCAAGAGAGAUGCAGACUUUUGUUAGGGGCUCUUACCUUCAUAAUACUCUGCCUUGCUAUUUCGUACUUCCCUGCAAUAAACCUGCUCGGCAAAGGUCUGAGUCAAACAGGCCAUGUGAAUCCUUAGUACCAAUUUUAUGUUCCUCAGAAAACUCUCUAUACAUUAUUUGCUCCCAUUUUCCUAAUAAUAAUAUAAUUCUAUUUUAUCCUAAAUCUAAUUUUAAAAUAUUUUAUAAGAGAGCACUAAUGGAAACCUAAUUGAAAUACAAACAAGAUGACUAUUACCCAAGAUAACUUGGAAAUACUUCUGUUUUUGAAGUUAACAGCUCCAUCUACCCUCUAAGCACAUUUAGGAGUCAGCAGGAAUCAAGACCAGACAGGUGGCAUGUUUUUCUAUGUGACAACGUGCCCUUAAUUUGUCAGAUCUUACCUAUCCUGUAUUUUCUGUCCUUACGGCCGUAAACUUUCCUCAUUUUUUGUUUAUCUCUGCUGUUUGCAGGGAUAGUGUGCCCCGUGCCAAACAUUGGGUGUUCUUUCCCGUACCUGCACACUUACCAAGGAUUACCCCAAUUCUGGCUAGAAGCAUUAAAAGAGAAAGAAGUUAUUUUCAGUUGACAAAGGUUUUAUUGUUUUAUAUAGUUAGUUGGAAAGUUGGCCAACUUUGGCCAACUUUUAAAAUCCUGAUAUGCCUAUGUAAUUAAUUACAUAUACCUUCUGAGACCUUCAGAUAAGCAAAGGGCCCUUCCACCAGUAGAAUAGGUUCCCAACCUACAAAUAAUUUCCUUGAAUCCAUGGCCAGCCUCCAGAGAAAGGAUUCAAGCUUGGACAGUCCUUUUGUUGGCUGUCAUUGAAAAAUUGUAUUAUAGUAGGUAUCAAAAAUAUCAAAUUGUUCUUAAGAAGAGUAUGUAAAUCUGGGGCUUGCCCUUGUGUUUUGCUCACUAAACACUGUCAGGCUUAAAAGAAGAGGAAAAGAAAUUUCUGGCUGGUGAAAAUUUUGUGCCCCAAAUAAUAUGUUAAUCAGACUCUACCAAGGUGUUUUCUCUCUUUUAUUACAAGCAAGAAAAUCUAUUUAUAGCUGUAAAAAUUAUUAUGGGACUGCAGACCUAUUUGCUAUAACUGAUUGGAAAUAAGGAUUCUGAUUUUUAGUCUGGGUAAGCACAUAUUUCCAACCCUUACAGUGUGAGUUUUGAUAAGGGAAAGACUUUUGUUUGGUGACAGAAGGAAAAACAGGACGUAUUUGUACAGUGAGUGUUCUCUCUGUCGAGGAACUUCCCUCCAGUUACACAUCCUCCUCUCACUGCACCCUCCUCCAUACUUGAUAAAGACGCCAACAGCUUUCACAACCAACCUUGAAGGAAGGAGCCUAAACAAUUGCUGCUCCCCUGGGGGAAAGGCACCGCUUACUGUAUUGCAUUUGUUUAUAGGGAGGUGUGUUUUUGCUAAUUUGAAGGGAUAUACUGUAUUUUAAAUAAGUGUAUGACUUAAUAUUUUGGGAUUUUUUUUCCUCCUUUAAAACUGGACCUGAACACAGCUUUGAGUUGAUAUUUGUAAUAAUCUCAGGACCUGAAAGAUUGUAGCAUUUAGUGUGUCUUAAAAAUUAUGUACUGUACCAGCCAUGGAUUUUUGUAAAUAUACCUGUCUCUCUUUUUUGUAUUAUUUUAGUAAAAAAAUAAUAAAUUUAAAUAAAAGGGGGUGGUGAUGACAUGUGAAUGGGUUUGGGUGUGUGUGUGUGUGUUUGUAUAAGGCUCUUUUGAGAUGAACUGGUGCUUGUUUAAUUUCCGGCUCUAAUCAGAGCAGGAAUAUGGACAAACUGCUGCUACUGACCCCUGCACUGAGCCCAGGUAUUUCCAUUUGUCUUUCCCAGCGGGUGAUGAAAUACAAGCUACCAGGAAACGGCUGAGAGGUUGAAUUCUUCUUCCCACUGCCAUCUUGCCUUUGCAUUCUCAGUGGUAACGCUUUCCCAACUUUGGGUGGUUUGGUGGUCUUUAGUUGUCAGAGAGCUCUUGUCACUAUUUUCUAUGAAGAAAGAAGGACAGGUAAAUUUUUUAACCAAAAAAUAUCACACAUUUCAUAAAACCCUGAUAAAUUUUGGUUAUGCUAGAGGUCUUAAACAUUCUUAAAUAGGGAUCUGUGAAUUUGGUAAAUUAAACCCAUGGAUAUACUCCUUCAGUGCAGGGAUUUUUUUUUUUUCGCUUUUUUCUUUUUUUUUUUUGCAACAGCCUUGCUCAUAUUCCAGGUGUAGCUAGCAAACCCCUGUUUUAAAGCAGGAGCCUUAUUUGAUUCAGUGUAGAUGUUUCCUGUCUAUCCUUUGUGACAGGGCUUUUUACAUGAGUGUUUUUUCUUUUUGUAUGUGUUAUGUGUUUGUUGUAUUAAAUAAAGAGGAAUGUACAUAUUA